AUGAUAACAAUCAUCUCACACUUGGUUAUUAUACUUUUAACUACAUCGUUGCUAGAUAUUAUUGUUGUGCUUUUGUUUCAUUUAGAUAAGUUUGAAUUAGAACUGAAUUCGACAGAAACAGAGGGUAUAUUUCAUUGUUCGAGUCCUGUUGAAUUACAUAAGCAACGAGCGAAACUCACCGUUUCAAUUGAAAGACCAAUUGUUACUCCUCCAGCAUUUCAAUUACAAACUGAACAAGUUAAUUCUACUACUAUUCGUAUUCAUGUUAUACCAAAUGGAUACAUCGGUGUUAAUCGUAUAAAUUGUCACUGGGAUGAUAAAAAAAAAUAUGCCCAAGUUGUUGAUCUUAUAAUCGGAGAAAAACCUGGUCCUAUACAAUUAAAAAAGUCAUGCGAAGCUUAUGAUCGUCGAUAUGUGCAAUGUACACUUCUUGCACCAACAGUGGCACGUGCAACCCAAAAUAAGUUUACUCCAACUUAUGAAUUUGUGGAACAGAAUACUGAAAAUUACUAUAACAUUAAACAAGUAACUGUGAAUAUCACGGACGAAAAUGAGCUUGCUGUUAAUUUUAUACCAUUUGAUAAAAGUCGUAUUCCAAAAAAAGCAUUUAUGCGUGUCAACAUAUCAUUAAAGCCGUUUGGCUCAGAAAAUUAUACAUUUGAAAUUGCACCGAUACAUUUAACUAAAGUCGAUUUUCGAGUAGAAAAUAUUUCGGCGGAUCAAGUAACUCUUAUGAUUGAUCAUAACAGAAUAGGAACGAUCAGUGAACGGCUCUGCACUGGACAUGUUACACUAGUAGAUAAUACAAAGCAAUUGAUUGGAGUUCAAGAUAUUCCUGAAACAUCCUCUCAAAUGAUUUCGAUCAAUCGUCUUCGUCCAUCAACAAACUAUAAGAUUUGUCUUCACUGUUUCUAUGAACGAACUGAUGAAUCGUUUACUAAAGAGAUAUGCCGUUCGAUUACAACUAAAGAAGCGUCGCAAUUCGUUCUAUGGCUGGUUGGAUCUGUCUUUGGAAUCGGAGGUUUCAUAUUAAUCGUGAUCUUAUGCAUUGUUUUUAAGAAGAUAUGCAAGAAAACAGACAUUCCAAAGGUAAAACGAUCAAAUCGCUCCGAAGAAGUCAGUUACAGCAGCUCAUCAGAGGAUGAUCAGCAUGAACCUAUUGCACGUUUGACUGAUAGUAAUCGAUACACUAAUGAACCUAGAAAUACUGUUAAUGAUUCAACAAUUUAUCAUUCUCCACCAUUCGCACAUGGUGACUACAUACUAGAGAAUGGUGAAAUUGAUGAAAUUGAUCCAUUUUUAGAUCCCAAAUAUCAAUAUAUAGAAGGUCUUUUGAAUGAUAUCACAGAUAACAAUAUAGUGAAUCCGGAUACAGUUGAUCUUACAAGGUCAAAAAAUUAA